UGCAAUGGCUUUGCGGUUCACAAUAACUCGAGCAGCAGUUGCCAUAGCGUUGCUGUUGGUGCAGCUCGGUCUCCCGGUCCGAUCAAAACCCGUGGCCACCGAUCCAUACAACUGUUUGGAUGGAGACUCAGAGAUUAAAUGCUGCCCGACAUCAAAUCCUAAGAAAAUCGUCGACUUCCAACUACCACAGCAAUCUUCGCCGCUUCGCGUCCGCCGGCCGGCUCAUUUGCUUACCACGGAACAGUUUCAGAAGUAUGAGAAAGCCACCGCACUUAUGCGUGCGUUGCCGGCUAAUCAUCCCUGGAAUUUUAUCCAGCAAUCGAAUGUUCACUGCGCUUACUGCUCCGGCGGCCACCGCCAGCUCGGUUUAAAUAUCACGCUCGAGAUUCAUGGCUCCUGGCAUUUUUUCACAUGGCACCGAGCCUACCUCUACUUCUACGAACGAAUUCUAGGAAAACUCAUCAACGACAAUUCCUUCGCCCUUCCAUUUUGGAACUGGGAUAACCCUUCCAGCAUGAGCAUCCCAAACAUCUAUCGACGCAACACUUCUUCCCUCUUCAAUCCAACUCGUUACCCCAUAGCCCUCAACUUCACUGAUCUUGGCGGCUGUGAAGGAGAUGGCACACCAGACUCUGUUUCCAAGCAAAAAAAAUGCAAUCUUCAGCUCAUGCAUAACCAAUUCAUUGCCGGAUUCAGCUCCAGUUUGCUCUUCUUUGGCAGCCCAUACCGGGCUGGAGACCAGCCCUUCCCUGGUGGUGGGUCCAUUGAAGGCUCUCCGCAUAGCCCUGUUCAUGCCUUCACCGGAUCAGACAUGUCACUCAUAGUUAGAGCAGCUCUUGAUCCCAUCUUUUUUGCUCACCAUGGCAACGUAGACAGAUUAUGGACAAUAUGGGAGAAAAUUCCAGGCAACGGAAGCAAGGUUUUUAAUGACACUGACUUCCUCGAUGCUUCUUUUCUGUUUUGGGAUGAGAACAUGCAGCUUGUACGCAUAUUUGUGCGGGAUGUUCUUGACACACAGAAGCUUGGUUACGUGUAUGAAGAUGUUCCAUUGCAGUGGUUAAAUAUAAAGACGGUUGUGGAAGAGAGGGGGAACAAUGAUGCAUUUGUGGCUAUGGAUGAGAGGGAUGGAGAAGGUGAUGUGAUGUUUCCAUUAUUAGUGAGUUCUCAGGUGGGGAUUAAGAUUAAGAGAAAGGUUGGGGCAGGGGAAGAGAUACUUGUUGUGAAUGAUAUUAAGUUGGAUGGGAGGGAUCAUGUUUGGUUUAAGGUUUAUGUUGGUAGGGUGGAUGGUGGAAGAGUUGAGGUCGGGUGUUUUUACCAUUUGGAGAGGAGGGCAAAAGAAAGUAUUCCUAUGGUAACAAAGAAACAAUUUGGGAUAACACAAUUCAUACAGGAAAUUGGUGCGGUUAGUGAUGAAUGGGUGGUGGUUAGUUUGGUGCCUAAAGUUGGAGGAGAUAAAGUGACUGUUGGAGGAGUUUUAACUGAAUAA